CGGAAGAAGAAGGCUGCAGCCAGUAAAAUGUCUGCAGUUUAUUCGCCGCAACCACCGCCGCCGCAAGGGCAGCAGCCGCCCGCCGUGCAGUUGCCGCCACCGCAGGCCCCGCCGCAACAACAGCAGCAACAACAGCCGCCAGGUAGUGGUCAAGGACCACCAAUGGGUGGACCUAUGGGCGGAAUGCAGCAACGAUUGGGACCUGGACCCGGACAAGUUGGCAAUCCCGGUGUUGGCCUCAUGAUGGGCAAUCCGGCGGGUAAUCCCAAUCCACAGCGCGGCGGUGGCGUGCCAGCCCCACAAGUUAGCUCAGCGCAAAUUCAGAAAAUGCUCGACGAGAAUUGUGGACUUAUACAAACCAUACAAGAUUUUCAAAAUAUGGGCAAGUCGCAGGAGUGCAUGAGCUACCAAAUGGCAUUGCAUAGAAACUUGGUGUAUCUAGCGCAGCUAGCUGAUCCCCAAAUGAAUAUAUCACAGAUAUUGCCGCCACCACACAUAUUGCAAUCCCAGGCCAUGCAGCAGAGCAAUCAGCCGCCCACACCGCAUGGCAUGAUGGGUGUGGGCGUGCCGCCGCCUGGUUCACAACAACAACAACAGCAGCAGCAAGCAGGUGGCGUGGUGCCACCGCCGCCGCAAUUAAUGCAGCAUGCUGGCGAGGGUGUGCAAAUGCCGCCAUAUCCUGGCCAACAACAGCAGCAGCAAUCUCAGUCGGCGCCGCCGCAAGUUAGCCAAGCGCCCGGCGUACAAACGCAGCCAGGAUAUCGCAAUGUGCAGGCCGGUGGCGCUGCCCAAGCACAAGUGGUGGGCAAUGCAUCAGCCCUUUCAGCCUCACAACAGCAGCAACGACCCAACAAUGGUUCCUUGGUGCCUGGUCAAAAUCAGCAGCAGCAGCCGCCCAAUCAGCAGCAACAACAACAGCAGCAACAGCAACCGCCCAAUCAACAGCAGCAGGCACCCGCUCCAGCGCCAGCGCCCACACAAUAUCGCGUUAGCUAUCAGCAACAGCAGCAGCAGCAUGGACAUUACGCCGGCUAUCCGCCGCAAACACAGCCGCAGUAUCAGCCACAGAGCGCGUACGGCUAUGGGCCACCCGGCCAGGGCUAUGGACCGCCACCGCCACCUAAUGCGCAGGCUGCCUAUCAUCAUGCUGGCAUGCCGCCCAAUGCUACGGCAGCCUAUCAGCCGAAUCCUAAUGCAGGCGCUGGCAGUGCUGCUGGCGCACAGCAGCAACAGCAGGCACCACCACCGGGCGCCUACGCGCCGCCGCCGCCCAAUCAGCAAGUGGCGCCUGGACAGCAGCCGCCGCCGCCAACACAGAUGUAUGGACCGCCGCCAACGGGAGGCGCACAAGGUGCACCACCGCAAAAUACAGCGCUGCUGCCCAGUCAAUAUGGACCGCCACAAAGCUCGGGCGGACCACCGCCCAUGGGCUAUGCCGGCUAUGCGCCCAAUCAGUAUGGACAAGCGGGCGCGCCCGGUGGACCGCCCGGCAGCUAUGGCCCGCCGCCGCCCAGCAGCCAAGGGCAGUCGCCCUAUCAGGCAUACCAGCAAGCAGCUGGUCCACCUGGCAGCUAUCCAGGCGGACCAGUGCCUGGACAGCCAAAUGCACAGCAGCAGCAGCAAGUGAGCGUUGCUGGCAGCAAUGCUGGAGGACCACCACCACCGUCUAGCUAUAGCACAGCGCCCAGUCAGACGCCGCCACCACCACAGCAGCAACAGUCGCAGCAGCAGCCAGGUAAUCAACCCAAUACGCCGCAAUCAACGCCACCGCCGCCGAGCACAUCACAGGCGCCCAGCGCUGGACCAGCACAACAGCAGCAGCAGCCACAAUAUGCGCCGCAGCAGCAGCAGCAACAACAGCAACAACCGCUGCAACAACAACAGGGCACUGUGGUCUCGGGCGUAACGCCGCUACCCACGCAACAGCAGCCCACGUACUCGACGCCGCCCACUAGUGUGGCCGGCUAUGGCGGUCCGCAACAGCAGCAGCAGCAACAACAACAACAGCAGCAGCAACAAGCACAGCAACAGCCACAAGGUGGUCCACCACAAGUACCACCCCAACAGCAACAACAACAACAGCAGCAGCAGCAGCAAGGACAGCAGCCGCCGCCUGGCGGUCCACCAAAUGCAACAGUGCCGCCGCCGCCGCCCAAUGGCGCAACACCGCCCAUGGCGCCCAAUCAAUAUCAGCCAGCACCUGGCGCACAGCCAUACGGUGCGCCACCGCCUCAGGGCUAUGGGCCACCGCCACCAGGUAGCGCGUAUCCGGGUCAUGGCUAUCAUCAGCCGCCACAGGCGGGCGGCUAUGCGCAGUAUCCGCCCUCGCAGGGCUAUCAAGGCUAUAGGCCAGCGCCGGGCGGUGCACAAAUGCCGCCUCCUGGUGCUCCACAGGGUCCGCCACCAGCUGGCGCUUAUGGUUAUUACGGGAAUCAGCCGCCGCAGUGAUGGAGCCUCCUGCCCCAUGCGCCCUCUAACUUUAUGCUCUAAAACUAAUUGUAAUGUUUCUCUAUAUAUACAUAUAUAUAUUUAAUGAUGACGACGUCG